UACGGCACUACAAUGGCACAUGCAUGGCAUCAUUUGCGAAUUUCCCACGCCGGACAACCGCCAUCGAGAUGCGCGCAAGGACGAGAAGCGUGGCGAGCAUGCAUGAGUACUUUGAAGACGACGUGGACGACAUACGAUCCAGCGUCGCCAGCAGUCGAUCGAGCUCGUUCUCGUACCGAAUGAGCCUAGACGACUGGGAUUUUUCCGAAACCCGGGUCCGAAGGUGCAGCCACAGCAAGCGCAUCAGCUUUGACGAUGACGUCAAGGUCGAGACCAUUCCAUCGCUGUCUAGCAUCGACGAAGCGACCAAGAGGGACCUGUGGUACUCGGCCGACGACUUUGCCAAGAUGCAGCAGCAACUGCGAAAUCCCCACUCCAGCAGUGCGCACCACACAUAGACGAUCGCCGUCGACUCAACUUGAUAGUGUGUUAGGCUCCCUCCUUAUUUAUUCGAAUCAACCAGGUUAUCCAUGUUGCUCCACA